AUGGAUCGGGUCAAGUACAACAGAGCGACCAGAAGGGCUCAAGUAACUAAGCUCUGCAAUGAGGUUGCUGAGCUCCGAGCGGACCGAACAGCGACGGACGUAACGCUGAAAGCACUCUUGAGCAACAUUCAGAAUGCUGACGUAGCACUUCGAGCAGUGAACGACGAAAUCGAGCCUCUGUUUGGAGCAGAGGAGCUUGAAGAGGAGUAUCAGGGCGCAAUCAGCUACGAAGAGAAGACCGUAAAAGCCAUAGUGGAGAUCCAGUCACGUUUGGAUGAGUUGAGACUGGACCCUGCGCAAUCACAGAGCGGAGUGAACCCUGUACAACCACAGAGCGGAGUCAACCCUGUACAGUCACAGAGCGGAGUCAAACUCCCGAAGUUGCAGCUUCAAACCUUCUCAGAAGCCCUAGUCAUAGACUACCAAAGGAGGACAGUACAUGACGCCAUGCGGUCAGAAAGUUUCGAAGCCAACCAGGAUGGACAAGGAGCAGCUCAGUCAGAAUCGACCGCAGAAACAGAGACAAAAGGACUGGAAGAGUUAAAAAGGUUGCUUAUAUACUUGCGAGUAGAAAUAGAGAGCCGAGAGCAGGUAGCAACUAAAAUUCGCCGUGACAGCUAUCCCGAUCAGCGCCCCAAAGGCAAAAGGACUGGAGGUAUGACGGCUGCAGCUGUGUUGUACGCUGGACUUGGGCAGCCUGGCGAAAAAAGGAACUGCUUUUUCUGCAGUGCCGCAGAUCACAGCACCGAGGACUGCAAAGCAGACAUUACCCUAGCGGAAAGGUUCAAGAAACUGGCCAAAGAUACGAGGUGCUAUCGUUGUACCAAGAAGGGUCAUCGGUCAAAGGACUGCCGAGUAAAAGUGGAAUGCAGUAAGUGUCGAAGACGACAUGCGUCAUCGGUUUGCGACCCGUCUAGACAACCGGUAGAAAAGGCUCUGGUCAGUGAAGUGGUUACCACGACGAGCGUCUCUACAACGAACAAUCCACAACAGUGCGAGAGAGCAAGAGUAAUGCUGCAAACGUUCCGUGCCUGGGCAUCGUCGGACACCGAAUGCGCUUACCUCAGAGGGAUAUUCGACGGAGGAAGCCGGCGCACAUUUAUACGUGAUGACAUAGCCCGCAGGCUUAAGCUGCCAGUAAUUGGGCAAACAACGCUUCAGCUCAACACUUUCGCAGGCGAUGCCAGUCGAGACAAUAUUCGAAAGUGCAAAGUUGUCGAAGUUCGGCUAAGAAGUCAAUUCGCACCAAAGGAAUAUGUGGUUCGCGCAACCACCAUUGACUUCAUUUGUAAGGACCUCGAAGAAACUCCUGCCAGUAACGAAUUCGUGUCUUCUGUGCGUGUCCACGGCAACUUCAUCGCCGAUGACUUCUUAUUCCCGAGUGUACGGAGUGAAGGCGAAAUAGGACUACUCAUCGGAUGCGACGAGCUGUGGAAGUUGGUCUCAGGAGAAGUAAAGAGAUGCAAGAGUGACGGAAGACUGGUUGCAAUAGAAUCCGUUUUCGGCUGGACCUUUCAGGGGCCAACCACGGUGACCAGCUACAGUACUACAGACAGUUCAACGACAGCUGUGUGCAUACUGAAGGUUGGUGUGGUCACUUCUGAUGACGACAUUCUGAAACGUUUCUGGGAACUGGAUAAUCUAGGAAUAUCUCAGGAGCCUGACAGUAAACAGGAACACAACGCAGAGGUUCUGGAGGACUUCAUACAGAAGGUGGAAAGGAGGAACGGCCGUUAUGAGGUUGCGCUGCCAUGGAAGAUGGGCCUGAGUGCGCUAGAAGAUAACUAUGCAGUAGCUAAAGACCGAGUGCGGAGGUUAAUGAAACGACUGCAACGAGACAACACCGUACUGGAGUAUGAUGAAGCUAUCCGAAGUUACAUAAAAAAUGGUCAUGCCGAAGAAGUCAAGGAGGACAACGGAUCCAGUUUGAUUUAUUACAUGCCACACCGAGCUGUCAUCCGGAACAACUCGAGUACAACAAGGGUACGAGUUGUAUUUGACGCCUCGUCACAUGCAGCAGGGGCAUUGUCUCUAAAUGAUCAUUUGGAAAAAGGGCCAAAGCUUAACACCGACUUAGUUGGAGUACUGCUACGUUUCCGGCUACACAAAGUGGCAUUGACAGCCGACAUCGAGAAAGCCUUUCUGCAGGUGGGAGUCCGGAGUCAAGACAGAGAUGCAUUGAGGUUCCUGUGGCUUUCGGAGAUUCCGACAGCAGACCAUCAGGAUCCACAGUUACAGUGCUGGAGAAUGAAGAGGGUGCCAUUUGGGACGACAGCGAGCCCCUUUCUUUUAAGCGCUACCCUGCAGCAUCACUUCAAGUCGUUUCUGGACGUCGAUGGGAAGUUGGCUGAGUCGUUGCUCAAUUCCUUUUACGUGGACGACCUGCUCACCGGAGCUCCAACCGUGGACGAGGCCCUGGAUAUAGCUUACAGAGCGCAAGAAAUAUUACUUAAGGAUGGUAUGAACUUAACAAAAUGGGCUUCAAACGCUGCCGAGAUACAACAGGCAUUGUCACCACAAGAUAUCAGCUGUGGUGUGAAGAGGAAAUCAUUUAACGAGCCCGCCCAGGGCAAGAUGCUCGGUGUUGUCUGGAAUCGAGAACUUGACACGUUCACAUUCUCUGGAGAACAUCUGUUAAGCAUCAUUAGAGACACACAACUAAGCAAGCGGUCAGUGCUACAGGCCUCAGCUAGGAUAUUUGAUCCACUCGGCUUUAUUUCACCCUACACGAUCCGGGUCAAGGUCAUUUUUCAAGAACUAUGGAAUGCUGGACUACAGUGGGACGCUCCCCUACCGGCAGAUUUAGCGACGAUGUGGCGAUCCUGGAUUUCAGAGCUACCAAAGCUGUGCAGUAUAUCCUUGGAGAGGUGUUUGUUACCAGUCAACGGGACAGAAUACGUCUACGAGCUGCACGUAUUCACAGAUGCAUCACCACAAGCUUACGGGGCCUGCGCCUUUCUGCGAACGAAAAAUGAGUGUGAAGAAAAGAAAGUGCGACUGAUCUUCGCCAAGACACGUGUCGCGCCGAUCAAGACGCUCACGCUCCCACGGUUAGAACUAAUGGGAGCUGUGAUAGGAGUACGAAUUGCCAAUUUCGUCAGAUCGUCGUUGGCGGUGGUAGUAAAAGGUGUGACAUUCUGGACAGACUCUACAAUUGCUUUGAGUUGGAUCAAGGGUGAUGCUACGCGGUGGAGACCGUUUGUACGGAACAGAGUCGUCGAGAUCCAAGUACACAGCGAAGCGAAGCAGUGGAGGCACUGCCCAGGGAGUGAGAACCCGGCCGACGCACUGACAAGAGGACUUACCGUCAAGAAGCUAAUCGACGAGAGGCAAUGGUUCGAAGGUCCCGGCUGGCUAACACAGAACGAGGAAUUAUGGCCAGAUAUAACGUCUAGAAGUCCAAGCUGUCUCGACUCCGUUGAAGACGAGCGAAGAACAGAAACCGUGACCAUGACUAACGCUGGAGAGAGUCCCAUUCCUGCAUUAUUUGAUCUGAGUAGACACAGUAACUACCAGCGCGCCCUGCGCAUUACAGCGUGGAUCACGAGGUUUAUUCGGAACUGUCGUUCAACAUCAAAAAUCGGUGGUUCACUCAGUGCUACUGAAAUUGGAGAGGCGGAAGAUUUCUGGACCAGGCAUGUACAGACAGAAGCUUUUCCAGAAGAAAUUACUGCGUUGAAAGAGAAGGGGGCUAUCUCCAAUACGUCGAAAAUAGCACAGUGGCGGCCCUUCUUGGACGACAACGGAAUCCUACGUUUGACAGGACGACUGCAGUACUCCAACCAUACGGAAGGAGUAAAGCACCCAAUACUACUCCCCAAACAACAUGCGUUCGUGGCGCUCCUGGCUGACAAUGCUCAUCGGCGAAUGCUCCAUGGCGGGGUGCAGUCCUCACUGACAGCUUUGAGAGAGCGUUGGUGGAUUAUCAAAGCGAGGCAGUUGUGCUGUGCCCUCUGCUGCACCAGACCAGAAGAAGUACAUCAAACGUGCAUCAUGUUCAGAACUUCCGGUGCAUCUCACAAAGUGUGCACAGAUGUUCGCAUCACGCUUCUCACCACAAAAGCCGAGUGCCCAAGUGAACACAGUUUAUCUUGGAAACGUCAGCCAGAAGUGAACAAGAUGGCUGCGGGGAACAUCUUGCUCUCUGGCACAAUCCUUUUCAAUGGGACCAGUGCAGUCAAG